GCACUUGCUUGCCGGUGCAUCACGGGUACGAUCAUGCACAACGUGACAUCUAUGCCGAUUAGAGGACGGUAGAGACAGCUUAUAUGACCACCAGUGUCACCACGCGCUAUAUGACGGUUGACGGCUGUGUAUUGCCGUGCAUGUCGGUCAAAAUACUUGGUAGAGGUUAGGUGGUUAUAGGUCAAUAAUAAACAGAUGUAAACACCUCUCGCAUGCCGGGAGACUCGAGACUCGACCCAGCCCGGCUGGGUCAGCCGUUCCAGUCGUGCUCAGCGUGGUUCAGUAGCCUGGUCGAGUUAUCGCUGCAAAAGAGAUGAGUCCGAGUCUUACGCGAUCGUUACGCAUCGCACGCGGACGUCUCGCGGGCGUUCUGCGUUCAGAUUAGUUAUUCAUACGCCGCGGCGGUCUGCGCUGUGCCAUGCUAAUGCUGAUCAGUGACGUGAGAAAGGAGCGAGAGUUUCGGCCGAUGUUGAGUUUUUCGAACUCUUGAAUCGCCUGAGCAGCUGCAUUCUAGAAUCGUCUUGGACAUCAGAGUUCACCUCGGUUUACCGCAGAUUAUUCGGACUGUUAAGAGUGAAGCAGAGAUUCGUACGAGUAUCUGGAGCGCCGAAUCAUUCACAAUGUUGCUGUUAAUCUUGUUGCACGCGUGCUUUUAUUUAUUUCGACUUGCCAGCAGCUCGAUCAUGACGGCGCCUCCUCUGUCGGCGCUGAUAGUCGCGUUUGACAGCGUGUACGAUUUAUCGUUACUCGCGAAUACCUUGUCGGACGAAGGGGUCGACGCGACGCUGAUAGUACCAAAUUACGCUGCCGGCGAUCUGUAUAAUAAUCUCAUUGACGUUGAAGUUUUACAACUGGACGUUAACAUUGAUAAAUCAAUGCACGCCGACACACGUGCGCUGGAAAUGUGCGACAGCUUCUUCAGAGAUGAACAAGUAUUGAGCAAGAUACGAGAGUUUCAACCUACGUUCGUCAUAUUUCCAGCGUUGAGACACGAUGGCUGUUUACUCCCAUUCGUGAGGCAUAUUGAAUCAAUUCCAGUAAUCUGGGUGGGAGAUCCGGAUGAGGAACUGUAUGCGUUUGAAUGCACCGGAGUUGCUCUGCCAAUCCACAGUGGUGGAUUUUGGUCGAGACUUUCAACAAGCUUUGCAGGGAAAUCCAUAUUCUCCAAUACCAAGAGCAAUUAUCUAGCUCCUGCUUUACGAUUAGCAACAAAAUAUCUGCCGGAUAUCAAUAUUGACUUGGAUCAUCUUUAUUCUGAUGUCCAUCUAGUACUUUGGGGCGCCGAUACAGUGUUACGUUCCAAUUUUGCAUCUCUGACACAAUCGCUCAUAGAGAUCGGCUGCCAUCACUGCAGAGGGCCACAUCCUUUACCUGGAGAUCUACAAAAGCCAUUGGUCGAACAUAGACUGGGUUACAGCCGAACCCGAGUAGUACUGAGUCAUUGUGGCGAUACGGAAUUCUUAGAAGCCGCUUUUCACGGGACACCCAUGAUAUGCCUACCGCGGGACACGCACGAGUCCCUCAAUGCUGGCCGCGCGGUCGAGUUGGGUUUUGCGCGAUCCACCGAGACCACGGGCGAUUACACCUCGGCAGAGGAGAUAGCGAACAUCGUGCACGAGAUCCACGAGUCCGCUGCUUAUCGCGAGAGCGGGCGGAAGGUCUCCCUGGCGAUACGCGACCGACUGAAUCCGCCGUCCGACAGGCUACUUUAUUGGCUACGUUACAUCGCGAGGACGAAAACCGACAAGACCAAGUUCCACAAGGCGAAGAGCCAGGUCAGGACGCUCACGGAGGAUAUCCAGUUCUUCGUCGGUCUCCUGGUAGGCAUAAUCUUCGGAGUCGUUUGCACGGGUAGCGCGGUGGUCGCGCGAUAUCUCCUUACUACUAAUAAAACGCAACGAUCGAAGGGACGGUACACGCGAUGAGUGACAUUUGAUUGAGACUCGCCUUGGUACACGACGUAUGCACGGACAUUAUUGUAUAUAUAUGUAUUUAUAUAAAUGCAUGUAGAAUACAGGUACAUACGAAUACAAAUGUAUUAUUACGAGCUAGGAUUUAUCUCAUAGCGAAAAGAGACGUUACUAUCAUUAUUAUGCUAUUACGGGAACACUUGCUCAUAAUUCGACCGAAAGGGACUACGAGUCUAAUAACAUGAUGUACUAUCAUGGAGAAAAUAAAUUACAGUUUAUCAA